AGGGGUUGUUCAGUAAGAUAAGUGGCUCCAUUUCCCCGGACACUGUUGGGCAGAGAAUCAUUCCCAUUGCAGUUUGAUAGACUUGAUUUUCUGAGUCUCUCACAAACGCUUAUUAUCCUCGCUUAAGAAGAGUGCAGAAGAGGAAGAAGAGGAGCCUUUAAAAUGUGGGACAGGAGUAAAGUGCUUCUUGCUACAAUCUGCUUCACAGCUCUCUUCUGUCAUGCCGCUGCAGGGAAUGGAGAGCUGCUGGGCUGGGCUCCGGGUGUUGUGAAUGACCUGUACAGAGGAUGCCGUCAGCAGGCCAUGGAGAAGUUCGUCCAUUCGGGCCUGUUGAAACAGGAGCUGAACAACAGCGUGGGAUUCCAGAAAGCGUGGACUUUGAACAGCAAGUGUUCAGCACUGAUCCCUGGAGGAAUAGACGCCCACACAUCUGCUCUCUCCGCUUACAUACUCUCAGAGGGAGAAGAUUUCAUGAUGGCUUUUGACAAAGCUGUCCAAACAAUGAGCGCAAAUGUGAGCACCUAUGAGAACGACUUCCACUUCAAGUCUCUUUAUUUUCUGCUCAUGGAUGCGAUCACACUGCUGAAUCCCAAGACGUGCCAGACUGUGUUUGUUCUCUCGGAGAAAACUCCCACCCCGAAAAAAGGCUCACGAGUGACAUUUGGGAGUUUCACUGUUGCUACUUCAAACUUUCAGGCACUAAAUAAGCUGGAGGACUUUGACGGGCGAGUCCUUCUAAACAUCACUUCUUGCUUCUCUGCCAGCGUGGGGGAGCACAUCUGUGACAGCGAUAAAGAUAAAGUCCUCUUAUCUCCAGCUGAAGAUUUCAUUGUGGAGGAAGUAACUAAAAAAGAAGAUGAUAACGAAAGUACAUACACAGAGAUUGUUUUGAAAAACCUAAAAAUGAACAGCACACACAACUGUUUCUCUUUUUCAAGGUCUCCGGCUGCUGUCUCCACUCUGUGGCUUCCGUCUGCGCUUGUGAUCCUUUCUUUUCUUUAUUCAGCUGCUUAGCGGAAACUGUUUACAUUUUAAUGUUGUGUGUGAGUUGUGAUAUUACAGAAAAACUGUGGUGUGUUACAAAUAAUAUUCUACAAUCAGCAGCCAGUGUACUCAUGUGGCUGUUGGUCCUUCUGCAAUGGAUUCUGAAUUAUAGGUCAGAUUGUGUGUUUUCUUGAGCAAGAAAAACAAAUUAUCUUCGCUAACGUUUACAGUUUUUCUUUGAAAGGGUGUGAGGGAUGAGGAACAGAAGGCCCCUGGAUGAAUGUGUUGCAGUUCAUGUUGCGUGUUCUUCACGGUAGUCUCCAGUGUGCCGCACUAUCAGGUGAUAAAAUCAGGAAAUGAAAAGUACAUUAUAUGAACAAACUAUCAGAUUUUGUAUGAACAACUCACCACUAAAUUUUUAUCAGAGCUGUAUACAAAUGGAAACAGCAACGAUGAGGACAAAUUAUCAGCAUAUUCAUGUUAUCUACAAAUCUAUAUACUUCUUAAUUUUGUAUUAUUAGCACAACAAUGAGAGCAUAGCACAUUUUCAGACAGCAUAUUAACUUUUUUAAAGCUGAAGCGGCUCACAGAGAUUUCCAGCCUCAAUGUCUCCUGGUUUCGUUUGUAUUUCUGGCAUCAUGUGAACUUUUUAAAUUUACUUACGUCAUCAGAUCCAAUACGUAACUGUCUCUGAACUCAGAUCUUUUUGCUUUAUCUUUCUGUGUUUAAUCCAUGCUUCAUGAACAGCCUGAUAAAAUUGAAAAAAAUAAAAAAAGAUAAUAAGAAUUUAAAAAAAAUAAAUAAACGCAGCUUUGGGAUUAUUUAUGGACUCACUAAAAUGAAGCUGAUGUAAUCUGAUCAAGAUUCAAUUCAUUGUUUCUUUCAUGGUACAUUUGGGAAUUCCAAGUCCUGAAAAAAGAAGCAAUACUCAGCGUCACAGGUCCACUGUUUAAGGGUAAAAGAUUACCUAUGAAUAAAAGUAAAACAUACAUGUUUCGUUAUAUAAGAAUUUCCACUCAUGAACCCAGUGAAGAAUAGUAUACUUUAUUUGUAUUUGCUUUGCUUUGUUGUCAGCACCAAAUGAUCAAAAUGUUACAAAAGACUGUCUUUAUAUGAUGGAAGAAAUACAGUAGAUGAAGACCCACAUCAACAAUCUACAAAAAGUACAUUUUCAAAAGGAACAAGCUUCCUCCAGCGAACAAAAUUCCAACCAGCAAGCACUUGGGAAAAUUACAUUCUGUCAUAAAAAUGCAGAAAACACCAAACAAACAGUGAAGUCAGAGUCGCAAUGUAAUCCUUCGGGGCAUUAAAGUCUCUUGAGGAGCAUUACUGUUGGAGAUGGGCUGAGCCACCGGAGACUGUGAUUCAUUUAAUAGCAUGCUAACCGCAGAGUGAACAAGUCUCAUCACAAAACUUCAAAAGCAGCUUCAACUAUGUUUGGUUUCUGGCACUGAUGAAGGAUUUUCCUAUGAAUAAACUAUACCAAUAAAAAACACAUGACAGCUCACGACCUUUGACCUGCAAAAUAAAUAUAAUCUAGAAAAAUGUGCUAUGCGUUUGUUUUAUCUAACACAGAAAGCUAUGUAAAUAAAAACUUGAAAAAAC